GUGGUCCAGCGUCUACCCCUCGGGCCCCUGGGCCGUUGUCCCCUUGGAACGGACUGCUGCUCCCAGUUUGGCACAUCAAGGGUCGCAGCCCGACCCCACGUCUCUCUCUCUCUCUCUCUCUCUCUCUCUCUCUCUCUCUCGUGCGCGCGCGCGCGUGAGAGAGACAGAGAGGUUCUCCGACGCGCGUGCGCGGGCGCGUGCGUGAGAGUGUGUGUGUGUGUGUUGAUGAUGAUGAUGGCACCCGAUUUCCUCGUCAACGACCUUUUCUUGUUUUAGACAUCAUAAUGAUGAUGAUGGCGGUGGUGAUGAUGAUGAUGAAGAUGAUGGUAGUGAUGAUGAUGAUGAUGAUGAUGACCACGACACAGGCGCUGAUGAUGAUGAUGAAUGAUGGUGGUAGUGGUGGUGGUGGUGGUGGUGAUGAUGAUGAUGAUGAUGAUGAUGAUGAUGAUGAUGAUAACGACACAGGUGUUGCUGCUGCUGCUGCUGCUGCUGCUGAUGAUGAUGAUGAUGAUGACGACGACGAAGACACAAGCGAUGAUGAUGAUGCCACCCCUUUUGUUUUGUGGCCUGGUACAUGGGCCGGUGGUGAACCCGCGUUCGAGCUUAUGACCUGAUGAAUAGCAGGUUUCUCUCUGUCAUGCUAUGUGGCUCGACUGCAUGAAAGCACCUCUUCUCAACCCCUCUCUUUCCCCCCUCCCCCCAAAAAAAAGAAACAAAGAAGGAACCCCUCCAUACGACACGGCAGCUUCGCAGCUGUGUUAAGAAACAGAAAUGGAAAGGGAAAAAACGAAUCUAUUGGCGGGGAGUUUUGUGUACGUGCGUGGAUUGUCGGACAGUGGGCCUCGCCCCAGUACGCACCAAAUGUGCAAAAUGAGAAUGAAUCUUCCGCUAGAAC